AGGGUCGGCGCCAAAAUGCCGCCACUGCUGAGGGGGAGCUCCCGGCGUGUGGUCCUUGCUCUGGCCCGCCGCGCAGUGCUCGGUGCAGGGCCCCGCUGGUCCGCGGGCGGUUCAGGUUGCGCUCGGGACUCCCGUUUCGGAGCCGAGGAGCUGCGGGGAGAGCUGGACAGAUUCGGAGGCGUCUCCGUGCGCCUGGGGAGGCUGGACGCUCUGGACCACCUGGACCCGGUCGCCUUCCAGAGGGCCUUGCAGGCUGCAGUACAGAAAUGGAGAUCAGAAGGUAGAGUAGCAGUGUGGCUGCACAUUCCGAUCCUUCAAAGUCGAUUUAUUGCUCCUGCUGCUUCCCUGGGCUUCUGCUUUCAUCACGCAGAAUCAGAUUCAUCUAUGCUGUCUCUGUGGCUGGGAGAUGGGCCCAGCAGAUUACCAGGAUAUGCUACACAUCAAGUGGGAGUUGCAGGAGCUGUAUUUGAUGAAAAUACUAGAAAAAUACUGGUUGUCCAAGAUCGAAAUAAACUGAAAAAUAUGUGGAAGUUCCCAGGAGGCCUGUCAGAGCCUGGAGAAGAUAUUGGAGAUACAGCAGUUCGAGAAGUUUUUGAAGAGACUGGUAUAAAAUCAGAAUUCCGAUCCCUCCUGAGUAUUCGGCAACAGCACACCCAUCCGGGAGCUUUUGGGAAGUCAGAUAUGUAUAUUAUCUGCCGCUUAAAGCCAUAUUCAUUCACCAUAAAUCUUUGCCAGCAUGAAUGCUUAAAGUGUGAGUGGAUGAAUCUCAGUGAUCUAGUCAAGACUAAAAAUACGACUCCCAUCACAAGCAGAGUUGCAAGGCUGCUGCUGUAUGGGUACAAAGAAGGGUUUGACAAAGUUGAUCUGACCAUGGAAGAACUGCCAGCAGUUUACACAGGCUUGUUCUAUAAACUCUAUCACAAGAAACUGCCAGACAAUUACAAAACUAUGACAGGAAUGGAUUAAAUUCAUAUUUACAUGUUUUUAAAAUGUUUAAGUUGUACAUAUAGAUUAAUGUGUGCCAUAUUAUAGGAAGUAGUGGACAUUUGGGUUAAUGACUAAAUAUGACUUUAAUUUUCUAAUGUCUAUAAUUUCCAUGAAGAAAACUUGUUUGUACACAUUUUAAAAGCCUCUUUUCAAAUAA